AGUUGUGGUUGUGUGGGGUAAACAAAAAGAGUCCAAUAGGGUAAUCUCGCCCAUUUUCGCCCACAUUUUCGACUUAUUGAUAGCCGAAUUCGUACGCUUCUUGUAUAUUAUUAUAAACAUAUUAAUUAAACGUAUUAUGAAUAAUUAAACCGCGUGUAAUACAAUUGAAUCGGAGACGCUGUAAGGUGGCGAUACAACACCAUACAACCAGUUCAUUGCAUCAGUGUCGUUGCGUCGGUAGUUGCGCUUAGCGAAAAGCGUUUGCUGCGUUUAAAGGUCACCUUGAAACGUCAAAACCAAAACUUCUGUGCUCGACCGCCGCGCUCGCGUUGCCAGUUACUGAAAAUCGUCUCGCAGGCAAAAACCACAGCCGCGGCAACAUAAUUUCUCCGUCAUUUAUUUGGACAACUUGUCUUGGCUUCCUCGAAGCUCCUCCAGUGCUGUGCUCUUCUUAUGCUUAAGUGAAUCAUUCACUAAUUAUUCGGUUCAAUAGUGAGACGCGUCUGUGUGUGUUAAUUUAAUAAUAAACCCAACUGCUUAACCAUCUACUACUACAAAUACAUAUAUAGUUAAAAGGAUUAUAGUUCAAAAUGAAUAGUGAUAUUAAUCAACGUUUCCUGGCACGCGGCUCGCAGCGUGACAAGGGAUUGGCCGUCUUCACCAGCGGCGGAGACUCGCAAGGCAUGAAUGCGGCUGUGAGAGCCUGUGUCCGUAUGGCCAUCUAUUUGGGAUGCAAGGUGUAUUUCAUCCGGGAAGGCUAUCAGGGUAUGGUCGAUGGUGGUGAUUGUAUUCAGGAGGCUUCAUGGGCCUCAGUAUCAUCGAUCAUCCAUCGUGGUGGCACCAUCAUUGGCUCCGCUCGUUGCCAGGACUUCCGUGAGCGUGCAGGCCGUCUUAAGGCCGCCAACAAUCUGAUCCAGCGUGGCAUUACCAAUCUGGUGGUGAUUGGCGGUGAUGGUUCGCUGACUGGUGCCAAUCUGUUCCGUCAGGAAUGGUCCAGCCUGUUGGAUGAGCUGCAGAAGAAUAACACCAUUACUGUGGAGCAGAAGGAAAAGUUCAAUGUGUUGCACAUUGUUGGCUUGGUGGGCUCCAUUGAUAACGAUUUCUGUGGCACGGACAUGACCAUUGGUACCGAUACGGCCCUCCACCGGAUUAUUGAGGCCAUUGAUGCCAUCGCUAGCACGGCGUACUCUCAUCAGCGUACCUUCAUUAUGGAGGUCAUGGGUCGUCACUGUGGUUAUUUAGCUGUUAUAGCUGGCAUUAUAUCUGAGGCAGAUUAUGUCUUUCUCCCAGAGAACCCACCGCCAACAGAUUGGCCCGAUCAUAUGGUUAAAAAACUGGAACAGGAGCGUUCAGCUGGCCAACGUCUGAACAUUGUCAUAGUCGCAGAGGGUGCCAUGGAUCGCGAGGGUCAGCCCAUUACCGCCGAGGAUGUGAGGAAGGUUAUUGAUGAGCGUCUCAAGCACGACGCUCGUAUCACUGUUCUGGGUCAUGUGCAGCGUGGUGGUAACCCUAGCGCUUUCGAUCGUAUUUUGGCCUGUCGCAUGGGCGCUGAAGCUACUCUUGCCCUGAUGGAGGCUACGCCAGACUCGGUUCCCGUGGUUAUAUCACUGGACGGCAACCAGACGGUGCGUGUGCCUCUUAUGGAGUGCGUUGAACGCACCCAGGCUGUGGCAAAGGCCAUGAAGGAGAGACGUUGGGCCGACGCUGUUAAGCUUCGCGGUCGUUCCUUUGAGCGCAAUCUGGAGACCUAUAAGAUGUUGACCCGCUUGAAGCCACCCAAGGAAUGCUUUGACACCCAAGGCAAGCCCAUUGAGGGCUUCAGGCUAGCGGUGAUGCACAUCGGUGCCCCAGCCUGUGGCAUGAACGCAGCGGUACGCAGCUUUGUUCGCAAUGCGAUUUAUCGUGGCGAUGUUGUCUAUGGAAUCAACGAUGGUGUCGAGGGUCUUAUUGCUGGCAACGUUCGCGAGCUGGGAUGGUCGGAUGUGUCUGGUUGGGUUGGCCAGGGCGGUGCUUAUCUGGGCACCAAGCGCACGCUUCCCGAGGGUAAAUUCAAGGAGAUCGCUGCACGUCUCAAGGAGUUCAAGAUUCAGGGUCUGCUUAUCAUUGGAGGAUUCGAGAGUUAUCAUGCCGCUGGACAAAUCUCUGAUCAGCGCGACAAUUAUCCAGAGUUUUGCAUACCUAUUGUGGUUGUUCCAGCCACCAUCUCCAACAACGUGCCCGGCACUGAAUUCUCGCUCGGCUGUGACACUGGUCUCAACGAGAUUACCGAGAUUUGCGACCGCAUUCGUCAAUCGGCCCAGGGCACGAAACGCCGUGUGUUCGUCAUUGAAACAAUGGGUGGAUAUUGCGGUUAUUUGGCCACACUUGCCGGCUUGGCCGGUGGCGCUGAUGCUGCCUACAUUUUCGAGGAGAAGUUCUCCAUCAAGGACUUGCAGCAGGAUGUCUACCACAUGGCAUCCAAGAUGGCCGAAGGUGUCUCUCGCGGUCUCAUUUUGCGCAACGAGAAGGCCAGUGAAAACUAUAGCACUGAUUUCAUCUACCGUCUGUAUUCGGAGGAGGGCAAGGGUCUCUUCACUUGCCGCAUGAACAUCUUGGGUCACAUGCAACAGGGUGGCUCACCCACGCCCUUCGAUCGCAACAUGGGCACCAAAAUGGCCGCCAAGUGUGUGGACUGGCUGGCAACCCAAAUCAAGAAUAAUAUCGAUGCAAAUGGCGUUGUCAACUGCAAGUCCAACGAGACGGCAACUCUGCUGGGCAUUGUUUCUCGUCAGUACCGUUUCACACCUUUGGUCGAUCUCAUUGGCGAGACAAACUUUGACCAACGCAUACCGAAGAAACAGUGGUGGCUGCGUUUGCGUCCAUUGUUGAGAAUUUUGGCCAAGCAUGAUUCCGCCUAUGAGGAAGAGGGCAUGUACAUCACCGUCGAGGAGGAGUGUGCCACCGAUGCUGUCGCUUAAGCAGUUUAGUGUGUUGUUAACACUAUAACAUACCGCAUAUUUAUCAUGCCCAGUGCACAAAUAUCGCCGUAACAAUCUCAGUGCUAUAUUUUUGUUUCCAUGUGCACAUGUUUGAUAAUUAAGUUUAAUGCUGUAAUUCACUUUUAUAUUUCAUUUAUUUUAUCGCUCACACAUCGACAUGCAUACAAUAAUUAUACAAUAAAAUUCAAAGCUCAGGUCAAUAUUUAGGAGCUAACAUUUGGAUUAGCCAAUCAAAUCAUGCCAUAGAGUGGAAAGUGUCUAUAGAGUACCAAGGAAUUCAAGUUAAAUAGUGUAAUUUUCUAUGCAAAUGCAAAUGCAUGUAUAAAGCAUAUUGAAACAGAUAUUUAUAUUUCUCUUACUAAUUAUUCUCUAUUAACAUUACAAUACAAUAUUAUUUAUUUUAGCUUAUGUUUUCUUUUGAGUAUUUCCCUUUUAGCAUACAAAGAGCAUAAAUACAUAUAUAUAUAUAAUUGUUAAAGAUUGUUUUACUUUGCACGUGUAAUACAUAAAAUACAAAACUCAACAACUCUUUAAUAUGUACAUGUAUGGUACCCUUAAAUGGCUGAAAAGAAACAGAGAAAACGCUAUCCGUAUGUUAUUGUAAUUGUUGAUACAAAUUCAAAUAAAUUGUUAAAAAUAUGUACUGGUAGAUGAUUUGUUAAGAGAAUAUCAAUAGUUAAAUAUAACAAAUCAACAGAUCAA